AACCUUGUCUUAAAAUAUCGUGAUUACCCCAUUCAGUAUAAGGGAGAAAAAAAUUCUUGGGAACCUAUCUUGUGUGUUUGCCAUCCAAAUUUGGUAGACACAAAAAGCAAGGUGGGGGAACAUGGGCAAAGGAAGAUUUGAUGAAAAGGAAAAUGUGUCCAACUGCAUCCAGUUGAAAACCUCAGUUAUUAAGGGUAUUAAGAACCAGUUGAUAGAGCAAUUUCCAGGUAUUGAACCAUGGCUUAAUCAAAUCAUGCCUAAGAAAGAUCCUGUCAAAAUUGUACGAUGCCAUGAACAUAUAGAAAUCCUUACAGUAAAUGGAGAGUUACUAUUUUUUAGGCAGAGAGAAGGCCCUUUUUAUCCAACCCUAAGAUUACUUCACAAAUAUCCUUUUAUCCUGCCACACCAGCAGGUUGAUAAAGGAGCCAUCAAAUUUGUACUCAGUGGAGCAAAUAUCAUGUGUCCAGGAUUAACUUCUCCUGGAGCUAAACUUUACCCUGCUGCAGUAGAUACAAUUGUUGCAAUAAUGGCAGAAGGAAAACAGCAUGCUCUGUGUGUCGGAGUCAUGAAGAUGUCUGCAGAAGAUAUUGAGAAAGUCAACAAAGGAAUUGGCAUUGAAAAUAUCCAUUAUUUAAAUGAUGGGCUGUGGCAUAUGAAAACUUAUAAAUGAGGCUCAGAAGGAAUGCACUUGGGAAGAACAUGGAUAUUGUGCUGUACUUCUGUGUUUGUGUCUGUGUAUGACAGCAUGAAGACAAUGUCUCUGGUUAUGCUGAAUAAAUUCAACAGAUACUAAAAUGCUGUUAGCUUCAGAAAUUAUUUUAGUUUUCCCUAAAACGAAAGUUAACAUUAGGUAGCAAACUUGGAGAUUAAAUGGUACCUGGUAAGUAACCAAACUAACACAACUAAAUGUCCUAUCUCAGGCUAAUGAUGCAAGAGAAAGGGUUGUACUUAGUCAUAGUAAUUGCCAGUUUAUGUCCGACCCCUAGAGAAUCAGGCUAGUUAAUGGGGCUUGAAGCCAGGCUGGAAAUUUUAU